ACGACCAGUAGUUUUAACGAACAAAACAGAAUAGUUUAGAUACAUCUACAUAUAUAGGUCUAUCAUCCCACAAAAAGUUGGAUGUUUAAGUUGUUGACGUUUCUUAAUGAGACAAGUGUUUCUGACGCGGGACAAGAAAUGGACGACCGGAAAUAAUUUUUAAAUAAAUAAAAAAAAAAGCCUCGAGAUAUUAUCAUUUAAAUUAUAAUAUUUCUAGAAAAUUCAGGAAAACCUAUCCAGCCAUCACUGAAAAAUCCUUCCGAUAAAACAAAAAGGGGGGGAUAAUAAAGAGAAAGAAAAACAUUGCAAUCACUAUAAGGUCUCCGUCAUUAAUUACUCACAAAAUAGAACAUUUAAUGUAUGAUUGUUUCAGAAGUGUUCGAAUUACUUUAUCGUUUUAGCUUAGAUCUGUCAUUUGAUGAGAAGGAUAUACACAAUAGAUUAUUGGCUGACCUAAUUACUGGGUAUUUUGGUAAAGGUGGAAGAUCGAAAGAAAAUUUUGUCAGGUGGAAGAUGCAUUUUAGAAAAUACUGCCCGUUACCUACUCAGCAAAAUUAUAGUGUUUUGGAAAACUUUGACUAUUUGGAACGAAAUGGAUUACUUGCUGUUGGGAAAUACGAUAUUCUCGAAAACAUUUUUCGUUUUGUUGAUGAAAGGGCUUUACACAACAUAAAAGAUGCAUGCCAAAUGAUCAAUGCCAUUAAAUCAACAUCCCGUGACGCUAGAGUAUAUGGAUACAAUUUUAUUGCUGAAAUGAAAAUAAAGAUGCGAAGAGGAUGUCCAGCUAUUGAAGAACAUCUGACAUAUAUCCUCAACGAUUUAGUUAUUAGUCUGGAAGAUGUGUUUUCACCCCAUUUUCCUUUUCCACCGUUUUUCUUCACUCACCAAUCUCGUAAAUGUCCAAUAGAAACAGGUCUUAUGAUAAUAAAAGGAACAGAGCGCCCAGAUAGGUUUCCCCAUAUUUGGAAAGUUAUUUAUAAUGCUCUUAAAAUCUUAACACACUUUAUUUCGACCUACAACAAGGAUGCUUCGAAAUCAUCAAAAAUCAUUGUUCAGACUUUGUUAAUUUUUUUGUCCAAUUUAAAACAGAAAUACAAUGCACAAAGAUUGCGGUUUCUUUGGAAAGAAGCUAUGGUGAUAUCUAUUGAAUUUAACAAUCCGGUUGAUCUAAAAGCUUUUAUUGAAUGUUCCUACUUGCUGAGAGAAGACACCAAAUACGCAUUUAACAUCAUAUUUAGCAAUGUAAACGAGUUUCAAUUUCCGGUGCCAUAUAUUGAGAUAAGAAACGCAUCAAUAUCUAGCAUACCUUUGCAGAGUCACAGGAGUCUCUUUUAAAAGAUGGAAUCUUUUCAACUUUACAUUUACUAAAAUGAAUAGUUUUAGAGAAUAUAGAUAUUAUAAAGAACGUUGCAUCGAUAUGCUGAUAAGAGUUGGUUUUUGUACUCACUUAAUAAAUGUACAUAAGUAAUGAUAAUGGUCUUUUCAUCGGAGCGUUUUUAUAGCUUGCAUUUAAAAAAAUGACUGACAAGAUGACAAUUUAUUUUUUUAAGUAUAAAUAAAUUAGAUUAAAUAAGACCUGCUUUUCUAUGAACAAAUUCAUGUAGUAAUUAAAUGCACUUUCUUGGAAUUUUUCGUUGUUGUUCCUUCUUUUUUAUGACAGAUCCACAUAAAAAUAAUUUAUGUGGAAUAAAGUUAAGAGUUGUUUCAUCUAUGGUUAACUGUAUUGUAAAAGAAAAGCCCAAAGAAUGCAUCCAGACAAAAAAGAAUUGGAAGAAUUUUUUUUUUUAAUUCAAGCACGAUUUUAUCUUUGGCUUUAAUGUGUGCUCUUUGCAUCAAAACAACAUUUGGAACAAUAUGUUUAAAUGUGUCAGAAAGCACCCUUCCUUGGAGAAAUCGUCACCUAAAGAAUAUGUUAUCAUGUAAAAUGUUCCUAAUCGUAUCCGGAUAUGGGUUCU